AAAUCCGACCGUUGCAUGACAAGAGUCGGCUCCUCUCAGCUUCAAAAAGAGAAUAGUCCUCUCUUCCUCUUCUCCAUCUCCUACUUCUCACCAGAUAGUGGAAGUUUUAGAGAAAGAGAGAAAGAGAGAGAGAGAUUCGGUUCUUGGAGAAGUUUGAUUCGCAUUCAAGAGACUCAAGGGAUUCAAGAGAUUACAUCUGAAAUGGCUUCAAGACCCAUUGUUCCACAACCGGCUAGAGGGGAAGCACUUAUAGGUGUCAACAUGCAUCGGAAGAAGAAUGCUGCAGGGGCUGAUGGCAGAAACCGCCGUGCUCUUGGAGACAUUGGCAAUGUAGUAACUGUUCGAGGAAUUGACGCUGCCAAGCCCCAGGCUCAAAUUUCUCGCCCCAUGACGAGGAAAUUCUGUGCACAGUUAUUGGCCAAUGCCCAAGCCGCAGCAGCAGCAGAGAACAACAAGAAAUUAGUCUGUGUCAAGGUGGAGACGGUGCCUGGCGCUGGUCCUAAUGGAGCAGCCGCUGGUAAAAAUGGUGGAGCAGUGAAGGAAGCUCAGAAGAAAGUCGUAGUCAAGCCAGAGCCCCAGGAGGUGAUUGAGAUAAGCCCUGAUAAUGAGAAAGAAGAGGAAAAGGUUAAGAAGCAAGACAAGGCAGUGCACAAGAAAAAAGAAUCGCCAAGGAAGAAAGUGCAGACUCUUACAUCAGCCCUCACUGCUCGAAGCAAAGCUGCUUGUGGCCUGGGAAACAAACCAAUGGAGGAGAUUGUUGAUAUUGAUGCAGCAGAUGCCAAUAAUGAUUUAGCUGGAGUUGAAUAUGUCGAGGAUAUUUACAAGUUCUAUAAGCUAGUUGAGAAUGAGAGCCGGCCUCAUAAUUACAUGGACUCACAACCUGAGAUUAAUGAGAAGAUGAGAGCAAUUCUGAUAGACUGGUUGAUAGAUGUGCAUCAGAAGUUUGAGCUGUCACCUGAAACUCUUUAUCUCACAAUCAAUAUCAUUGAUCGAUUCCUUUCUGUAAAACCUGUUCCAAGAAGGGAACUCCAACUGGUGGGAAUCAGUGCCACUCUAAUGGCCUCCAAAUACGAGGAAAUCUGGCCUCCAGAGGUCAAUGAUUUGGUGUGCAUUUCCGACAAAGCUUAUACUCAUGAGCAGGUAUUGAUUAUGGAGAAAACUAUACUGGCAAAGCUGGAAUGGACCCUAACUGUGCCAACACAUUAUGUGUUCCUUUCUCGUUUCAUCAAGGCGUCUAUUCCUGACAAGGAGAUGGAGAACAUGGUCUAUUUUCUUACUGAAUUGGGUAUCAUGCAUUAUGACACCAUAAUGUUCUGCCCAUCAAUGGUUGCUGCCUCAGCAGUCUAUGCAGCUCGAUGCACUCUAAGCAAAUGCCCUGUCUGGACAGAGACCCUUAAGCUUCAUACUGGUUUCUCAGAAUCACAGCUUAAGGAUUGUGCUGGACUGCUGGUGUACUUGCACUCAAAGGCUGCAGAAAACAAGCUUCAAACAGUGCACAAAAAGUACUCACAUCCCCAGAGAGGAGCUGUUGCAAUGCUUCCAGCAGCCAAAAGUCUCUUGCCUGCUAGUUUGUGUCAAUGAAAAGACAAAUUAUUCUGAUUCACAUUGUUGUAUGAGAAAAUGAUUGUAACUUCAUAAUGAGUUUGUUUGUUGCCUAUGUUAAAAUCGAUUACCUAUAACAAAUUAUUCUUUAUGCUGAUUACUUUUCAAUGAAUGAA